CUGUACGGAAAAACAUCAGAUCACUUCCUCGACUUCUCACCUCUUGACGACUUCCGGUUCCGGUGCCGCCGGGCGCUGGCUAGUCCCAGGCAACGGGGCUCAAACCAUAACAAGGUGGUAUGCCGGGUGUUCUGCAUGGUACGCCUUAAUGCCCUGUGACGUCACACCUAAUCCUGCACCAAUGAAGUGUUAGCGCUGAAUCCAGAUACUAUGCCUAACUGAGCUUCCUAGCUAUGGAGGGGAAAGAGGGUCCCUCUUGUGAGGUGAGACUACCAACUCCUGGUGCUGAGAGAGAGGGACCCAUUCACCCAGAACUGGGAGCUUUUGGUGAGACUGCUUCAAAUACAAUAAAACUGAGUGAAAGCAGCAAUGAUGGGAAAAAGGAGGAAAUUGAGGAAGAAUUAGAUCCUAGAAUACAGGAAGAGUUAGAGCGCUUGAACCAGGCCAGUGAAGAGAUCAACCUACUGGAAUUGCAGCUUGAUGAAGCUAGAACUGCAUACCGCCGUAUACUCACAGAGUCUGCAAGACGCUUAAAUGGACUUGCAACUCAACUGGGAGCUUGCAUAGAUAAGGCUAGACCAUAUUACGAAGCAAGAAGACUGGCAAAAGAGGCACAGCAGGAUACACACAGUGCAGCACUGCGGUACGAGCGGGCAGUCAGUAUGCAUGCAGCAGCCCGAGAAAUGGUGUUCGUUGCUGAACAGGGAGUUACUGCUGAUAAGAACCGACUAGAUCCAACAUGGCAGGAGAUGCUAAACCAUGCUACAUGCAAAGUGAAUGAAGCAGAAGAGGAGCGAUUGCGCAGUGAGUUUGAGCAUCAGCGUGUGACCCGCCAGUGCCAUGAAGCUGAAGCCAAAGUGCAAACUUUGCAGAAGAGCCUGAAACGAUUUAUAAUCAAGAGUCGACCUUAUUUUGAACUAAAGUCUCAACUGAACACCAUUUUAGAGGAGCACAAGUCUCGUGUGACUUCGUUGGAAAACUCAGUGGCUCAAGCAAAGCUCAGAUAUUCUGGAACACUUCGCAAUCUAGAGCAGAUAAGUGAAGAAAUUCAUGCUCGCCGAACUCAAAGUUCUCUGUUAUCCCAACGAGCCCCUCCUCUUGGGGCUGAAGCUCCACCUUCUGUAAAGGAUGGAGAAACUGGGCCCCCUGCAGACACAGUAUCCCUCCUCAGUUUGCAGACCAUUGCUUCUGACCUGCAAAAGAGUGAUUCUGUUGAACACUUAAGGGAUUUAACUGAUGUAACCAGUUUAGAUGGGAGAGAAACUGGAGCUGUCGAGUGUGGGGGGAGUAGAGAAAGAGGGGGCGAUAGAGGUACAGGAGGAGCUUUUCGGCACCAUAGGAGUGUGAGCCUAUGAGUGGAAUGAUGAUAGGUAAAUUUUAGGCAUCCUAUGUGUGUGAAUAUGUAGUGGAAUAAUUGACAGUUUGCAGUAUUAAAACAGGAAAGGCUUCUUGCAUGCAGAUGAGGUGAAUAUGUGGAAAAAAAUGAACAAUAGUGGGCUGCAUGAUGAGAACCCUGAAGGGGAAAAAAUGAGCUCUAAACUCAAGUAAGCUGUAGUUGAACAUAUGUCUGACUUUUUUUAGUCUGAGUCAGUGACUGGGAUGAUAGGUUACUUUAACCAUGUGACGUGUGUAACAGAUAGCUGGAACUGACCGCACAUGAUUAUAACUGUACAAUGGGUGAGGAAAUACUUAAGCUGUAAAAAGGGGUAGCAGACAGGCAGGGGGUGACAAGCUGCUAUGAGAACUGCUUCUGUUUGAUGCAGCACUUUCUUUCUCUUAAUUUAAAAAAAAAUGGUUCUUGAUGUCUCUUUGUUUGAACGGUACUUAACUGUCUGUAUCAUUAUAUACAGCAGCAUAUGUGCAUAUAGGAAGCAGCAAAGUAAUCUGUAUAUAAAAGCAAAACAGUGUAUAGCGGUGGGUUUAUGUAAAAUAUAUCUUGACUAAAACUGUAAUUAAAACAUGUUAUACCAUAA